GCCCCUGUCGAGCGUCCCGUCGGCCAAAAUGGCGGCGGCCGUUGGCGCCGAGUCCCGUGUGUAGCUCCGCCGCCUCGCUCCUCCCGUUGCAAAAUGUGAACCGGAGAGGCGGCGGCUGGAGGGGGGCGGCAGGCAAUGAGUCGGCGAAGGAAACAUGGGGACAGCCUUGGCCUGAAGAACACGCCGCUCAAGGCGGCGGCGGCCGCGGCCGAGGAAGGCAGCUCGGUGGCCGAGCCGGGGAAGAGGCGGCUGAGGUCGGCAGAGCCGCGUCCCCGGCCCGCGCGGCAACGGGAGCAGCCUCCGGCGGCCGCUUCGUGCAGUAAAAGUAACCCCGAGGAAAGAUAUGAAACCCCAAAGAGAGUGCCGAGAAUGGAUUUACUGUCCUCUACCUUCAGUUCCCCUAAUGAUCCAGACGGACAGAAUGAUAUCUUUUGGGAUCAGAAUUCUCCAAUGACGAAACAGUUAGGUAAAGGAAGAAAAAAACAGAUUUACACCGCAGAUAGUGAUGAGAUCUCACAUAUCGUUAAUCGUAUUGCUCCUCAGGAUGAAAAACCAUCAACAAACUCCAUGCUAGGCGUCUGGAUUGGUGAGACUGCUAUUCCUUGUACCCCAAGUGUAGCAAAAGGAAAAUCAAGAGCAAAAAUCAGCUGCACAAAGUUAAAAACACAAAAUCGAGAGGAAGAACUUAUGAAAUUGGCUAAACAAUUUGAUAAAAAUAUGGAAGAACUAGAUGUGAUUCAAGAGCAAAACAAGAGAAAUCAUGAUUUUAUCCAGACAAUUUCAGAAGCAGAGACUUUAAACAAUUAUAUAGAUAAUGUACAGAUGCAGUUAUUACAUGAUACAGUUCCUGAAAUAGAUAAUGCCAUAAUAAAGAAACCAGGAAAAGAAAACACCCAAAUAUCUGUGGUAAAUGAUCAAAAUAGCAGUCAAAAGCCAUUUGAUCAAAAUGCUGAAGCAGCUUUUAAUGCCAUUUUUGAUGGCUCUACUCAGAAAUAUAGUGGACAGUUCAGCCAAGAUCUGUCCGAUGCUUUUUUGAACACGAAUAAUACUACCUUUGGAAAGAAAAGUGCUUUGAAAGAGGAGAAAAUCAUUAUUAAUGAAACUCCGGUCACUGAAAACCUGACAGAUAAAACCCCAGGAUCACUUUUUUGUCAAGAAGAUGCUCCUGGAAUGACAAAAUCAUGUGUGACUUCUUAUACUGAGAAGCCAGAAGCUUUUAAUAAACACCUUGAUGCAUUUACUACCAGUGAUUUUGAGGAUGAUUGGGAAAACUUACUAAGUAAUGAACCUUUUGUUACACAAAAUGGCAAAAUGUGUGAACUUUUCCCUGCUCCUAAAACAUCUGAAAAUCCUGAUCAAAAGGGAAUUUAUAAUUUUAACACCAAAAAUGAUAAAAAUAAGUCAAGAAUGAAUACAAGUCUAGAUGCCAGGUUAGGGGAUUCAAAAAUUUUACAAGAUCUCCCUUCAAAGACACAUAAUGAAGAAUCCAUAGAUUCUGGAAAAGACAGGUUUUCACUAAAUCUAAAUGAUAAACCAAACAAAUUAUCAUCCACUGGAAAUAAAAUUAAAUUUGAGAAAUCUUUCAAUAAAACUGUUGUUCAAGACAAAAUUCAAGACUGUGCAGUUGCAUCUAAUCUGACAAAACUUAAAGAAGAUACACACACUAAAUUUACUUGUAAUGCAAAUAUUUCUGAAAAGUCCACUUUGAACACAGGAUAUUCUAAUGAACGAAAAAAUAAGUCCGUUUACAAUCAGUCUAGUAAAGCACCUGCUAAUAUAGAUCCUUUUGGUUCUGCAGCUUUGGGCAAUGAAACCAGUGUUUAUAAUCCAAAUCAGACUAAUGCAUCAAAGUUAGGUUCUUUCUUUGAUGACUGGAAUGAUCCGUCAUUUGCCAAUGAAAUUGUUAAAGCAUGUCAUCAACUAGAGAAUACCUGGGAAGCAGAUGAUGUAGAUGAUGAUUUAUUAUACCAAGCAUGUGAUGACAUUGAAAGACUAACUCAGCAACAAGAUAUUAGAAAAGACAGCAAGAUAUCAGAAAGUAAACUUGAGAUCAAUUAUAGUUCCAGACACGGAGCCAAAAACAUGUUUACUACAUCUAAACAAGAAAGUCAGUUGGUGCAAUCAAAGCAUUUGAAUCCGAGCAGCAUUUCAGGGCACACCUCUUUCACAAAUAGCUCACAAUUAAAUAAACCAGUGAAGCUGGAAAAAGAAAUUUGUGGAAAUUCUCCAAGCUUUUUAGGUGCCACAACUAAUUUGACAAUAUACUCUCAGAACUCAAAUUGUCAGAUCAAAAAUCUACAUUAUCCUCGGAACAACAGUGAUGUUCCAAUACAAGUGAACAGCACCGAAUCGCUUCUUACCAAAAGUUCAAGUUUGAAUGUGAAUUCAAAUCCUUGGAAUACAGAAACCACUACUUACAAAAAAAAAUUAAGUACUCAGCAUCUAUCCCAUAGGAGCACAACAGAUGGAGCUCAGAGUGACCUUAACAGACCAGUUAUAUUUCCUAAGUAUACAUUUAUAAAGAUGAAAAAUUCUCACAUUCUUUCCCAGUUUAAUCAAAAUUGUAUGCCAGGAAAUAUUUCUGAUACCAAAAUUACACAGAGUUUAGAGAAAAAUAAGACUCCUAUCAACCUGUUUUGUGGGAAGACUAAUCAACAGCAGUCUGUGGUGAAGCAUUCUGAAUCUUUGAAACAGCCUUCAAAAGAGGAAGAAGAGAAAAAUAAAAAGUAUUCUCCUGAAGAAAUUCAAAGAAAAAGACAAGAAGCCCUGUUUCGAAGGAUGGCCAAAGCACAGGCAUCAUCAGUAAAAGCAGCUCCCACUUAACUUGAUUUCUUCUAUGAAAUAUUAGUUGGAAGACUUCACAAAGACACUUAAUAGCUAUCUAUGAUAGGAAAUAUUUUUUUUUUUUGGUUUCUCUAUGAGAAAUUUAAUGCUGACUUAUAAAGCAUGGACUUCUUUUUAUUUGUAAUGGACUUCUAUUUUAUUUAAUAAAUCAAUGUUUGCAAUGGUCAAUGAAACCUUGCCUUGGAGAGGUAUGUGAAAGUAAUUGCAUAUAAGUUUUGGAAAUUCAGGAAAGUUAACAAUUACGUUGCAGAAUUAUAAAGAACAAAGUAGCUAUAUUUUUAAGUAUUGUGGGUCAUCCAAAAAUAGGUAAUCUUCUAAUUUUUUUAUCGUAGUAACUUCUUAACACAAAGCUUCAACUCACUAAGUAAAUAAGUCUAUUUUUUUAUAGUUUUACUUUCAAUAACUGUUUCUAAGUUUAUACAUAUCUGAAUUCUAAAAAUACUUCCCUAUUCUUAGGAAUGUUUGGUGGGAAAUAAAGGACUUCAAUUUAUUUAUAAGGAAAUUACUAUUUUCAAUUCCUAAUCUGAAGUAGAUUUUAAUUAUAGUUUUCUAAAACAUGCAUUUUGAAAAUUCUCCACUGUUUUUAGGGAAAAUGCUGAUUUAAGAAGUUUAGAAAAAGGGAAGUAGACCGGCUAUAUAAGUAAUAUAAUAUUAUUAACAUUGAGAACUGUCAGAAUCUUUUUAAGGUGUCAUCUGUUCCAACUUCUUUAUUGUAUGGGUAAGAAAUGAAUACUGUUAUUCUAAAGUCACAAGGCAAGUUAAAGCUGCUGGGAUUAGAAUGAUUGCUUUCAUUCUAAUGAACACCUAGACAAUUAUACCAUUUUCUUCAGAGUAUUAAUUAGUAUAUAAAAUAGCUUGUUUAUAGAAGCAUUAAUUAUUUCAUAGUAUAAAACUAAAAAUAGUAACUCAAAGUACGUUAAGGACUGUCUAAUAAAUAAUGCUCAGUUUCUUUUUUUUUUCAUUGUUUCUUGUAUUAAAGAAUUCAUCAUUCCAGGAUAUAAAAA